AGCGGCGGAAAGAGCAGGAAGAGAUACAAGUAGGAAAAGGAGCAGCAGCAGCAGAAGAAGACGACGAAGAAGAAGAAGUGGCUAAAAAAAACAACACGGACACUUGGCUGUCUGUUAACAAACCAGGUUACACAGUUGUCUGAGAGGAAGCAGUCUGAUGCAUGAUGUGAGCUGUGUGGCAUUUAAAAGCCUUUUGAGAUCUGGAAGUGGCUGCUGAUAUGGUGGACCCAAGACUGACUCACAGAAGCCCCCAGUCUCAAUUUUUUAUGAGAGUCUGGGGAAAUGUUGCCACAAAUUAUGGAUCUAGGAUAUCAUCUUCCCUGAGUUUCCAGUUUCACAGCUCUGCAAUCAAACAGCAGUAAAGGACAUGGAUAAGGAAGCAGCUGAGAAGGAGAUGGAUGGCGUUACAGACACUGACGAGGAGAUCCCUGAGGGUGACUCCACCUUAGUGACCAAAUCUAGUCAGUGUGAGGACAGGGAGACUGAUGAUGACUGCGAGCAGGGGGACAAAACAUGUCUCAAAUCUCAGGACACCACACACCCGGUCACUCCACAAGACCUCGGAUCUGGUGAUGCAGAGUAUUAUGGAUCUACAGAGGCCAACGAGGACACUGGGCAGGUGUCGGAUGGGUUCGAGCAUGACAGCGCUGUAGAUCACGAGAGCUCAAAGGGUUUAAAUCAAGAAGAGGACGAGACUGCGGAGGAGCAGCACAUGAAUGGAGAGUCUGGUUGGAGGAGCCUGGGAAGUGGACGGAGGUGCAAACUGAAGAGCAGUGGUUCAUUUUCAGAGCAGAGCAGUCCAAGUUCUUUUGCGUCCUUUCAAAGAAGCAAUGUUAUGUCCAGCGGUGGCCGGCACAAGCAGACUCGCAGACGUAACCACCACCACCAUCAGCAGAACCGGGGCCGCAGGCGGACAGGCAACCAGUUCAUCUUAGCUUUUAAGGAAAUGCUGUCAGAGUCUCUCAGCUUCUGGUGCAUCUCCUGCGUCCACAUGAUGAUUGAGAUUAUUGUCACAUUAACUCACAAUUGCGGCGUCGGUGUGGAGACUGGAGGAGUGAAAAUGUACAACUUUGGGCAGCAGCUUCUUGUUAAGAUCACAGAUAUACACGCGAUGAAAGCAGAUGCUUGUCGGAUUCUGAAGUGGACUAAAUGCACAGUAGUAGAAGUUGUGGAUAAAAUUGUUCGGUCAGUGAAGUGGGUAAAGACAGCUGCCUCAUCUUGUUUCAGACUUUUCAGCGCUUUGGUUCUUCUUGGAUCCCAGUGGGCAAAGGGGGUGGUAGUCCGACUCGGUGGAGAGCGGGGAAAACGUUACUGGAUAGCUUUUCAAGAGUCAAGGGUUUGGAAGCGGGUUGUAUCCCUGCUGGAGAGAGUGCAAAGGCGGUUCCGGAGAGAUGGCCACGUGCCACCAUCCACGCCUGAGUCACCUGGCAGAGCAGGGAGGGGCCAGUCGGGCCAGGAGCUGGAGCGACUCCUGGCCUUGGCCGAGAUACCGGAGAACGAGCUCGACCCCUUUACAGUGCUCGGUGUGGAGGUGCACGCCUCUGAGGCCGAGCUGAAGAAAGCCUACAGACAGCUGGCUGUUCAGGUCCAUCCAGACAAAAAUAAACACCCACGAGCUGGAGAGGCGUUCAAAGUACUGAGGGCUGCCUGGGAUAUUGUCAGUAACCCAGAGACACGACGGGAGUAUGAGUUGAAACGCAUGGCGGCAACUGAGCUCUCAAAGUCCAUGAAUGAGUUUCUCACUAAACUGCAGGAUGACCUGAAGGAAGCCAUGAACACCAUGAUGUGCACCAAGUGUGAGGGCAAACACAAGCGGUUCGAGAUGGAUCGUGAACCUGCUGAGGCCCGGUUCUGUGCCGAAUGCAACCGUUGCCAUAGUGCUGAGGAGGGGGACCUUUGGGCAGAGUCAAGCAUGCUGGGCCUACGUAUAACAUACUUUGCCUUUAUGGAUGGCAAGGUCUAUGAUAUAACAGAGUGGGCUGGUUGUCAGAGAAUUGGUAUUUCUCCGGACACCCACCGUGUGCCCUAUCACAUCUCCUUCGGUUCAAAGAACAACAGCAACCCCACACGACAUAGGACGAACUCGGAGCACGCCACAGGUCCGACCAAUCCCGCCGAUUUGCAGGACUUCUUCAACCGCAUCUUCAAAGGAGGACCUCCAACUGACAUGGCUGCCAAUGGGGGCUUCUUCCCCUCAGGUCCACCUCCUCAUCACCCACCUGGUGCUGGGGUGCCGCCGCCGUUCUCCCCUCCCCCUGGCCCGACAGGUUUCAACAUGCCGGGGGGCCCCCGGCCGGAGUCCAGCGAGACUUUGGCUGAGAGCGGCAAACCCCCCAGGCGGAGGAAGAAGGUUCGAAAACCCUUCCAGAGGUGAAGCCUGUUCCCUUCUCAUGGUAUCAACAAAGCAACACAGGGACACAAUAAAUAAUGGCCAUGUUUGUCUAAUGCCUGCCUGUUGGCAUGCCAAGAUCUGGACUGGAGAGGAUGAAUGUGGGUACGGCUGCGCUCAGAUCAGCCAGGGGAUGAAGAGACCGGCUCACAAAGAGGAGUGUGUGGACCGAACACAAGUGUUGAAGGAGGGCUGAAGAGGAGGCAGCGACGGUGCUUUACCUCUCAUUUUACCUUAUUUUUCUGUUGGUCUUUAAGACGACUGUAGCCUUGGCAUUGAAAUCCUUAUCAGGAUGCUGUAAUGAAACAUUUUCCUUUAAAAAUCUCCUGCCAAAUCCUGCAAUGCAUGAUUUAUUCACCUGCAUUUUAACACUUCAGUUCUCUCAGUUUUGUUAAUGUUCAUGUUUUGUACACGGUUGGUUGAAGACAUUGACUUUAGACCUUUGGGGAGAGGGUUGCAGUCAGUUGGACUGUGGAUCACAAUAAUCGACAUGAAGAAGAUAAAGAUCUGAGCCACAUCACUCUGUUACUCACGAUAGUGGGAUAUGGAUAUACUUCUUGAUCUGCAUAUCACCCAGCAUAUUUCAAAAAUGACUCCAAACCAGCCAAAAGUGUGUUACAGGUGAUCUGACCUGAGAGUCGCCAGGGUUUAGUUAAAUCAGGGCUCGGUGUGGUUCUCUGGUACUUGGCACAUGUAUGGAAUGACAAAAACACCUUUAGUAUGCAUGGCUCGAUGGAAGUCACAUGCAGUCAAAAAAAGUGUUCAUACGUAUUUUCCCCCAAGUUUUCUGUAUCAUUAUUAUUAUUAUUAUUAUUAUUUCAAACAGGAACAUUUCCUGACUGAUUUGUCAGAUCAUUUAAGAUGACUGAUCUUUCGGUGUUGUUGUUUGCUGAAAUGAUAAAUUUGUGCUCAGCAGAGGUGCAAUCUCCAUGGUUGAAUGUUUCUAAAACAAUCCUGUUAUUGCUUUUUGAACAUUUUGCCAUUCACUGAUUCGGAAUGAAUUCUGUUAGGUUCGUUUUAAUAUUACCAGAGAAUCACAUCCCCCGCGAGAGACCACUCACUAUAACAGUAGGUUUGUUCUUUAGGGUCAAGAGUGUGUGAACAUGAACAUUUCUUUUCAGAAGCUGCCAGGACAUGAUGGAGUGGAAAUGAUAAAAGGGCUUUGUUUGUUUUGAGACGUACAGAUUUAAACAAGAUGAACCUGCCUGAUGUUUAUCGUCUCAGAACCAGAUUAGCAUUAUAAUGACAGUUCAGGUCCAACAGCGGCAGUGAAUUCAGUUGUGUUCAAAAACUUGAUACGUGACACCUUGACAUUUUGAAAUGUUGAUAUUCUGUUCUAGGUGUAUACUGCCCCCUGGUGAUCCACUGUGUAACCACCGACAGUACAUCAAAAAAUAUAAAGUUACCAGCUGUCCGAGUCUUAAAUGUAUUGGUUAUUCACAAUCAGACGUUCUAAUCUACAGACAUAAUGCCAAGUGACCUUUAUGUAAACAUUGAUCUCUUUCCUCGUGAUCAGUAUGAGCUACACAGUAAACAGGCAGCAGUUGAAAAAAUGUUGAAUCUGCAGAGAUUUAUAAAGUUGUUCAAGCUGAGAUAACAUUCAAGUUCUUUCAAAAUUUCACACAAUUUUCAUCCAGUUCCUUCAAGUGCCAUUUUUUUAUUUUUUUAUUAUUAUGAUUAAGUCAGGAUAGACAUAAUGGACCUAGAAGAUGAGACAGUGCCAUUCUGUGACAGCUUCAACGUUUUGGGGGCACAUUAAGCCCAGACGUCAGUGAUCUGUCAUGGUCCCAGUCAGUAAUAAAAUAAUCAACCAUAGAAAAAAAUAAUUCUAACCCCUGAGAGAUGAGGCGCCUCAGUGGUUCCUGGCAGCUUGUAAUGAAAAAUGUUAACAUCCGACUUGUAAGUGUUGCGGUGAUGUGUUUAAACACAGCUUUCAAAAUGUCAAGGUCACAGACUCACAGUUAAUCUAACCUAAUCUAAAUAACCACCUUCCUUCUAAUCUCCCCCAGUGUUACUGCAUGUAACAACAUGAACGGGCCACAAAACCAACAAUCGUUUGACAUCUUGGGGGGAAAAAAAAAUACACUUUUAUCUUCAUCACAGGUUAAUUAAAGAGCUGAUAUUGUUUACACCUGAUUUGUGAAGAUCGUGAGACUAUAGUGAUAUAUAAAAGGCUAUUUUUUAUAUUGACAGUUGAUGAUAAGAAAUACCAUGUUCAAUGUGUUUUUUUUCUUCUUCUUCUUUUUGUGUUAAUUUUCACACCCGCCCCUGUAACAACAUCACAGGGUUUUGAACAGUCAUCAGUGAUUAAGCCGAACCAGACUCCUCCAGCUGCAGCUGAGUAGGAGGUGUAGCUCGCUAAGGUAGACAUUUUGUUUUGGUAGAAAAUUCAUUUCAAUAGAGUGAAUUUUUUGGGGGGGAGACCGCAUUUGAGUUGUACGACCAUUGCACUCCGCUGAUUUACCACUCAAAUAACUGAACUAUUUGAAUGGAUAUUGGGUUUGUGUGGUCGCCUUAAAAGAUGAACCUUUGUUGCAAACAUUGUGAGAGUUCAUUGAAACAGGACGUUAAAUUUAUUAUGUGUCACCUUUUUUCCCCCCUCUUGUAUAUUUGGCCAGUUUCCCAGACAUGGAUUGGGUGAUUCUUAAUAAAAGUUUUGUCUCAGAUUGAGAGUAAAUAUAGUCCUGGAUUAAUGCCAAGAGUCCUGGAUUAAAUUUGUGUGGAAAAACUAUUUAAAAAACAACAACAAAGGAAGAUCAGGGACGAGGUGAGAACUAAAAAUUAGAUUUUCAAAAAUGACUUUGAUAAUAAUUCCAACACAAAUUUGGUCCAGAUUUGGGCCUCGAGUUUGUCCCCACAUAAAAAAACCAAAUGUUUAAUUAGAUCACUGUCAAAUAUCUACAUCGGUCCAUGUCCAGGAAACUGGGUCCUUGUUUCCACACGUCCACCUUGACUUGAGAAUGUACAGUGGUCUAUGUGAAUGGUAGCAGUUUGAAGUUCAAGAAGUCAAAGGAAGAGCCAACACUCAGUUUUUUUCUCUCUUUUUUAUUUUCAAGUUUUUAUCAGAAUAUGCAGAAGUAUUGCAAAAAAUAUCUGACAAUCAUCAGGGUUUUUAGAAGGGAAUUAUGUGGUGAGUUCCCUGGCUGGCAAACGGUUUUAAAAUAUCGCUUUUGGGUUUCGUUUCCCCGCUUUCUCUGGUUUACAAAAUAAAGAUGAUUUCCAAUAUG